CACAAAAUCGGCGAAAUUUGGCGACAUCGCGAGCCACCAGAGAGGGGACCCAGUUGCAACACCGGCGUCGCCUCAAUUUUCACCUCCACACCCACCCGCGCCCUUCGCCCAUCAGCCCCCAACGAACGCUCGUCGAACCGACGCACGCAUUCUCCUCGCCCAGCAUGGCCGCCGCUACAGAGCGCUUCAUACAUCUCGCGCGCCCGCUGGCUCACGGCAACGUGGGCAUCCAGACCAACAUUGCCCCGCUCAGCGUCAACAUCCAGCCCCAGGCCGUUCUCUCCAUCCUCGACCACGCCGUGCGAAGGGACGUCCACGAAAAUGCCCAGUCCACCCGAGUCAUAGGCGCCCUGGUUGGCACCCGAUCCGAAGAUGGAACCGAGGUCGAGGUUCGCUCCUGCUUUGCCAUUCCUCACACCGAGGAGCAGGACCAGGUCGAAGUCGACGUCGAGUACCAGAAGAACAUGCUCGCCCUGACCCUGAAAGCCAACCCCCGCGAGGCUCUGCUCGGCUGGUACACCACGUCCCACGAGCUCAAUAGCUUCAGCGCCCUCAUCCAGAACUUCUUCGCCAGCCCCGAGACGGGUACCUUCCCCCACCCCGCUAUCCAUUUGACCAUCUCGACCCAGCCCGGCGAGGACAUCGAGACGAGAUGCUACAUCAGCGCCCCCGUGGCCGUCAACGCCGAGCGCGCCGCCGAGAGCUGCCUCUUCAUCCAGGUGCCUCACAAGAUGCUUUACGGCGACUCUGAGAGGAACGCCCUCGAGGCCAUCGCUAGUGCGCAAGACAACGAGUCCCGGACCGCGCCCCUGGUAUCAGACAUUGAGGGACUCGGCCGGUCGAUCGAGCAGACGCUCAACCUCCUCGACCGGGUCAGCGAGUGGGUCAACGGCGUCUUGGACGAGGAUGAGGAGCCGAACAACGCUCUGGGGCAGUAUCUCAUGAGCGCCCUGUCCCUGGCGCCCAAGGUCGACGCCUCCCAGAUUGAGCACGACUUCAACAACCACAUCCAGGACGUGCUUAUGGUCAGCUACCUGGCCAAUACCAUCCGAACCCAGAUCGAUCUGUCUCAGCGGCUGGCGACGGCGAACCUGACCAGCAACGAGAAGGAUGGCGAGGGGAAGACGGAUGGUGACAAGGGCGGUAACCAGCGUGGUGGCGGCGGGAAGCGAGGUGGCCGCGGCGGUGGUCGGGGCGGCGGCCAGCCGAGAGAGCCUCGGGAGCCGCGUGAGCCGCGCGAACCCCGAGAGCCCCGAGAGCCCCGGGAGCCUCGGGAGCCCGCGGAGUAGAGGGUGAUACUUACAUGGGCAUUAUUAUUGAUAUGACGUGCAGGAUGAAUAGCCAGAGGCAUUCUGCACCAAAAAGGCGGGAACUUGGUGCGUCCUGCAAGGUGUAUGACACAGACACGAGGCUGGGGCACCGCGUUCAAACACAAAUCAUCACGGCGUUGCGGGCAAGGCGACAUCUUUUGUGUCGUCUUCUCUGAGGACUUUUAGAAAUGGGAUUGAAUCGUCAUGCAGUCUUCAUGUCCCCGGAUAUGUGUAUCUCAUCUAAGAGGAGGCCAUGGCCUACAGGUUAAAAAAACAUCAAUGCC